AAUUGGCGGCUCGCAGUUUUGCAUCAGACAUGGAAUCUGGGACGACUGCCUUCGUGAUACUGGCAGUGUGCGCCACGGCCAGCGCCAUCAUGUUCAGGGGAAACGCGAAGCCCUCCAUAUACAAUGACUUGGUUUGUCAGCUGCCCGACGGCUCUGGUGGUGUGUGUCGUGCUGCCAGUGACUGCCCAUCAGUGCAUUAUGCUAAAGCAUGUGUUGCCAGAGGUCUUGUCUGUUGUCCCAGUGCCACAUCCCCUGCACCUAUCACUGGUGUUGGCAUCAAAAGCAAACAGGAAUGUGAGAAAAGUGCACAACUAGCAACAGUGAGUGAGUGCCCACUGAUUGAAAUGAUUCCUGGAAAGAAUGUGGCUGUGCCAGGCCUAUUCCCCUACUUGGCAGCACUAGGGUACGGUAAUCUGAGUGACAACAAGUGGUAUUGUGCUGGUGUGCUUGUGAGUGAAUCUUACGUCCUCACUACUGCAGGAUGUCUAAAUAGUUCUACGCUUGGCAUUGUGCGACGUGUACGCCUGGGUGAUGUUGACUUAACAACACCAAGUGAUGAUGAAGCUGUGCAGGAGAUUUAUGUUGAAUGGGUAAUCCCACAUCCUCUCUAUGAACGAAAGUUCAAGUUCCAUAAUGUGGCUGUCCUCCAUUUGCAUACACCAGCCGAACUUAGCUCACGUGUUCGGCCUGCUUGCUUGAAUACAUUAAGACAGCUGCCAACAAAUCAUGCAAUUAUAACAGGAUUUGGAGCUGAAAGUUUUGCAUCAACAGAGUAUGGCAUUGCACGCUAUGUAGAUGUCACUGAAAUACCUGCAUCGCAGUGCCAAAAAACAGACCCAUUUCGGGUUAGGAGUUAUAUCAAAGUUAAUGGAUCAAUGAUAUGUGCUGCAGAAAAAUAUGGUGGUCGUGACUCUUGCAGUGGUGAUUCCGGAGGUCCACUUCAAGUUCGGCUUGACAAGCCUCACUGUCAGUUCAGUGUUGCUGGAUUAACUUCGUGGGGAUUUGUGCCCUGUGGGUUGCCAGGCCAACCUUCCAUGUAUACAAGCAUUGCUGAAUACUUACCAUGGAUUGAGUCAAUUGUUUGGCCUUAAAUAUGAGCAGUCUGUUUGAGAGAUAAUAUUAUUCAGAUAUAUAUGAAAACUGGUACCCUACACUUCAUUGCACUC